AUGAGGGACCCGAACUCCCAGGAUGCAGUGGUUAUCAACACGGCGGCAGCUGCAGCAGCUGUGCGGUUCGAGCUGCAGAGGAGCAGGAGCGGGAGCCGGAGCCGGAGCCGGAGCGGGAGCCGGAGUAGGGCCGGAGCGCAGGUGCAACGGAGCUGGGGCCGGACGGAGCCGAGCUCUCAGGAAUGGGACACCAGCAUACAACACCCUGCACCUCCAGCAUCUCCUACAGUCCCCCACCGUGAAGCCCAGCUCCAGUCAGCUGAGAUCUCACUGCUGGCUAUCCUGGCUUCCAUUCAGGCUGUGGAGCAGAAGGUGGAGUCCCAAGCUGCCCGAUUACAGACCCUGGAGGGACGGACUGGGACAGCAGAGAAGAAGUUGAUUGAUUGUGAGAAGACUGCAAUGGAGUUUGGGAACCAGCUGGAGGGCAAAUGGACUGUGCUGGGUACCCUGCUCCAAGAGUAUGGGCUGCUCCAGAGGAGGCUGGAAAACAUGGAGAACCUGCUCAGAAACAGGAACUUCUGGAUCCUGCGGCUUCCCCCAGGCAGCAAGGGCGAGGUCCCCAAGGUACCUGUGAUUAUUGAAGAUGUGGCUGUGUAUUUCUCUGAGCAGGAGUGGGGGAACCUGGAUGAGUGGCAAAAGGAGCUCUACAAACAUGUGAUGAGAGGAAACUAUGAAACGUUGGUGUCUUUGGAAACCAGUGCGCUGGCUUCUUCUCAAGAUGUUCUUCCCUGGAUCAAGCAAGAAGGAGGAUGUGGGAGGAAUCAGCAGAGUCUGCAAGAGAGUGAGAUCUCCACGGACCUGUGCACGGAGGACUGGCUGGUCAGUAAAGAGAAGGAGAAGAGCCAGGAGAAGGGGUCCAAGGACCUGGAGCCGAGCUGGGUUCUGCAGGGCCCCGCUGGCAAACCCGCCCCCUGGGAGCGAGACUUCAGCGCCCUUUCUCCCAGCCCCUACUGUCCGGACGUGCCGGCCGCAGUGUCCGUGGAAAGGCCUUAUCCCUGUGCCGAAUGUGGCCAGAGCUUCAGCCGCAAGGAGCACCGCACGCAGCACCAGCAGGCCCUGCACAGCCCUCGUCCGUUCGCCUGUCCCCAGUGCCCCAAGAGCUUUGCCCAGCAGGCCACUCUCACCAGCCACUACCGCAUACAUACGGGGGAGCGAGCCUAUACCUGUGCCCAGUGUGGGAAAAGCUUCAUUCACCAGUCUACGCUGACGACCCACUACCGGACCCACACCGGGGAGAAGCCCUAUCCCUGCGCAGAAUGUGAGAAGCGUUUCAGCCGAUUGUCCACCCUUUUGGAGCACCGCAGGACCCACACUGGGGAAAAGCCCUACCAGUGCACCGAAUGCGAACGCCGCUUCAGCCGCCUCUCCACGCUGGUGGAGCAUCGGCGGACCCACACUGGGGAAAAGCCCUACCAGUGCGCGGAGUGCGAAAAGCGCUUCACGAGGCUGGCUAACCUGACGGUCCACCAGAACACCCACUCCGGGGAGCGCACCUACAAGUGUGCUCAGUGCGGCAAACGCUUUGCCCAGAAGCCCAGCUUCUUGCGCCACCUCCGCAGCCACACCCAGGAGAAGCUCUACCCGUGUGGCCAGUGCGGGAAGAGCUUCAUUUGCCGUUCCUGGCUGGUUCGGCACCAGGGCAGCCACGUGGGGGAGCUGCCCCGUCCCUGUACUGAAUGCGAGAGAGGCUGCCCACCCCCUAAAGAGCCCCCUGCCGGCCCCUUGGGCAGUGGGGGCCAGGAGAGGCUGCAGACCCCCGAGAGCCUCCUGGGAAAGCACGACGUAGAAGGUGCUCGGACUGGCCAGGACCCAAAGGGGCGCCGAGGGGCCAAGGAACAAGGCGGUAGUGCCCAGGGGGGCCUCGGGGAGGCCUUGCACAACCCCCAUUCCUAUGUGAAGAUGGAGAAUGUGGGCUAG